AUGUCCUCACAGCAACUCUCUGAGGUCCUGCUUCCAACUACAGAAGCUGAAGGGGCCAUCUCCUCUUUCUCCCUGCCCCUGGCAGCUGAGGUUCCACCAAUGGGAAUUUUUUACUCUCAAGAGGUGUCCUACAUAGGCCAGAACUGCAGAGAAAUUCCAGAGCACCUCGGCAGGGACUAUGGACAUUUCGCAAAGAGGCUUGAUCUGAGUUUUAACCUUCUGAGGUCACUGGAAGGACUGAGCGCGUUCAGGAGCCUGGAGGAACUCAUCUUGGACAACAAUCUGCUCGGGAACGACCUCGUGUUGCCAGGGUUACCCAGGCUCCAUACCUUAACCCUCAACAAGAACCAAAUCACUGACUUGGAGCGCCUGCUUGAUCACCUGGCAGAUGUGACACCAGCUCUGGAGUAUCUCAGCCUGCUGGGUAAUGUAGCAUGUCCCAAUGAAUUGGUCAGCUUGGAAAAGGAUGAGGAAGACUACAAGAGAUACAGAUGCUUUGUUCUGUACAAGCUGCCGAAUUUAAAGUUUUUGGAUGCCCGGAAAGUAACCAAGCAAGAACGAGAGGAAGCUUUGGUCAGAGGGGCAUUCAUGAAGGUGGUUAAGCCCAAGGUUUCCAGUGACAGUGUUGCCGCUUCUCCAGAGUGCCACUACACACCCCUGCCUUCUGCUUCCAGGGAACUCACAAGUCAUCAAGGUGUCCUGGGGAAGUGUCACUAUGUUUACUAUGGGAAAAACUCAGAGGGAAACAGGUUUAUCCGAGAUGACCAGCUCUGA